AUGCGUAAUCUUCUAGAUUCCCGUAAAUUAUGUGGCACGAAGACGGACGCGGAACAGGCGGCCAUGUUGCAAGACUUGCGUCAGCUCUGUGACGCCACCAGAGACAUCUGUGAUAAUGCUGGGAAACCUGAGGGUGUGGCUGAAGCUGUUGCCAAGUACUCCGCUGCUUCCAGCAACCUGGUGUUCUGUGUGACUCCUGGAGCUGAUAAUGCUAAAGAAAAUGAGGUGAUCGGUCUAUCAGCGGAGUCGUGUGGCAAGGCAUCAGAACUCCUAUCACUGGUGCAGCGGCUGACGGAGCAGGUCCCAGACUCUGGUGCAGCAGCCGAGCUGGACAGCCGCGGCGCCCACACGGCUGAUGCUGCACAGGCACUGUUAACAGUGGCGCAGGCAACUGCUGCCAGUAUCCAGCAUGGACACUGCAAAGAGCAGUUGCUCGGAGCAGCCGAUAAUCUGCGCAGUUCUGCCGAUACCUUGACUGCUUCAUGUUCACCGCACCUGCCACAGCAUCCUGAGAUGCAGCAGCAGCUACAGGCAUCGCAUCAUCAGCUGAACGACAGUCUAGAUAAGCUUGUUGAUGCUUGCAAUACUGCGCAACCUGGUACUCGAGUCGAUGCAGUAAAGGCUGACAGACAGAAGCGCCAGCUGCAAUUUGUGAACAGUUUGUCGGGCGCCAAGAAUCGAAUCUAUGACGCUGAGCAACAACUGCAACAGCCUUUAACAAAGCAGACGUUGAACAAGGAAGACACGGCAGUCCUAGAAGAAAAGUUGUCGGAGCGAGUGUCGCGGCUCAACGCGGCCGUCGCUGCACUUGCCGUGGCUAAAGCUGGUCAGUAUUACAAACUCAAAGAAAUUUAUUAUUUGUAA